AGGCAUCAGGGCACCCAAGGAAACUGGCGUCUCGGGGCAUUCUCUUUUCCAGGACUGUGGCCAGGGAUUCUGGGAUGGACAGUCUCCAAAGGGGCUUUCCUCUGGGAGGAAUCCCUUCAGCUAGCCCAGCAGUCCCUUCGUCUGGCCCUGGAGGUAGCCAUGGGAUUUUGUAGGAAUCCAACCCAUUGCAGAAAAAAUAAACUUCCGAAAGCACCCGCCUUUUGCUUGUUUGCCAUCCAGGGUUGGCCAUCUUUCUGUUUUUGGCACUAUUUGCUCCAGAUAAACUCUUGCUCCCUAAGGUUCCCAUGCCAGGAGAGAGACCCCCGCAAGAGACCCGCCCCCCUUUGCUUUGCAGGAUCCUUUGCUUCCAUUUUCCCUGGCCAGGCAUUAGGCACUCAAUCCCAGGAUUCCCUGGGCCUGGAGUACCCAUGCAUCUCUGUGUUAAUUUUAAUGGCCGCUGUGAUUGCUGCCUCCCUCUAGCAAGGAAGUUGCCAAUCAGGGAGGAGGUACUGAGAGUGUUGGAUCGCAAUUCCCAUUAGCAGCCACAGCCGCCUCGCCAAUGGUGGGAAGUCAUGGGAGUUGCAGUCCAAUAUGUGUUUUCUUUUGCUUUGUUGAGGAAGGGGUGAUCUAAGCCAGUGGCAGAAGGAGCAGAGGUCUGACCAAGUGUCCUUACAUCUCUCCGUCUCCCAUCAUUCUCCUCUUGCUGAUGGGGACACUGAGGCCGGGAGGCUGCUUUUCCCGCUGCCCGGCCUCCCUCCCUUUGCCAGCCACUGACCCCAGACGCACAGGCCAACAGGGGCCUUAGAGGGAGACCACCCCCCUGGAGAAGAAGGAGGGAAAGUGGGGGGGGGGGCUUCUGGCCCUGGGUUUGUGAGGUCACUGACUGGAGGUCUGUGAGGUCACUGGGCAGAGCCUGGCCCCACUCACUCUGGUCUGGGUCUGGCUGGCUGCCCCUGGGCUCUGGGAGAGACCCCCAUGGGUUCCCUGGCCCUCCUGGCGCUCCUGCCCCUCCUGCGGGCGACGGGGGCUUGGGCUCAAGGCUGUGGCUACCGGCCGGAGUAUGAUGGCCUGGCCGGCUUCUCCAUGGGUGGCGCCCGCAUCGUGGGCGGCACACAGGCCCCUGCAGGCAAGUGGCCCUGGGUGGUCAGCGUGCAGACCAGCACCUUCCACUUCUGUGGAGGGUCCAUCAUCCACCCCUGGUGGGUCCUCUCUGCAGCCCACUGCUUCACCGAUGAAAGGUAAGCCCUAAGUGUCAAGUUGAAGCCUUUCACAGCCGGUAUCCGUUGUGUUUGGUGGGUUUUUUGGACUCUGUGGCUGGCAUUUUCAGAGAAUGGUGGCAUGGAAGAGAAAUUCAGUUUCUGAAGAUGCCAAUGCCACAGAUGCUGGCGAAAAGUCCGGAAUAAACUCUUCUAGAAAUGGCCACAUCGCCCCCAAAAAACCCACAAAAAACUAUGUAAGCCCUAUGCUUUGCAAGAGGGGGUUGUCA